AUGGAUAUCAAAGUUGAUAUUAUCUCUAAAGAAACAAUCAAACCAUUUUCUCCAAGUUCAAAGAGUCAUAAAAGCCACAAGCUUUCUCUUUUAGAUCAAAAGGCUCCAAAUUGUUACACUACAUUUGUUCUCUUCUACAACAAGAACUCAAGUAGUGAUUUGGAAAAUGUUAUAGAUUCUCUUAAGGUAUCCCUCUCGAAAACCUUAAGUUACCUGAACCCGCUUGCAGGAAGAGUUAAAGAUGGAAUCACAGUUGAAUGCAACGACCAAGGUGUCGAUUUAACGCGUGCCAACGUUCAUGAAGACAUGUCAAAUGUGCUUAUGAACCUGAAAAUUCAAGUCCUGAGAAAAUUACUCCCAAUGAAUCCAUUAACAAGAUCAGAUGAUAAUGUCUUGUUGGCACUACAGAUAAACUGUUUUGCUUGUGGAGGAAUUGCUAUAGGUGUUUGUAUUAGUCACCUUAUAACUGAUGGUUCAUCCAUUGCCACAUUUCUCAAAACCUGGGCAAGCAUUAGUCAGAGUCGCGCAGAAAAUGACAACAUUACUAUUUCAGACAAAUUGUUCAUGGAUUGUACUUCCAUCUUUCCACCGAAAGAGGUCCAUAGUUUUUCUAUGUUUCAAUUUGGGAAAAAAGAUCAACUUCAACCAAAAAUGGCAGCAAGAAGAUUCAUGUUCAAUGAGUCCAAUAUUUUGGCUCUGGACACGAAAGCAGAGCGUUCAACUUCUCGAGUAGAGGCUGUGUUAGCCUUUGUAUGGGAAGCAGUUAUUGCAGCUAUGCAGAAAAGGAACAAUAAUAAUAGUAUCAAGAAUUAUGUAAUUCGAACUCCAAUAGACUUAAGGAGAAGAAUUCAACCUCCAUUACCUCAACAAACCAUGGGAAAUAUCAUACAUAUGGUUGAGGCAAAUUGGGAAGUUUCUGAGGGACCUUUAGACUAUAAGUUACUAGUGAAAAAAAUUCAAGAUUCGAUAAAGAAUGUGACUAAACAUGGCUAUGAUGUAAAGAAUAUGGAUGAUAGAGUAAGAACAUUGAAUAAAGAAGAGAGAAUACUUGGCUCCACUAGUUUAUGUAAGUUUCCUUUCUAUGACAUUGAUUUUGGAUGGGGUAGGCCAAAAUGGGCAUCUGUUGGAAGCAUAGCAACCAAUUUGGUUGUUUUAAUGGACACUAGUGAUGGGAAGGGAAUAGAAGUAUGGCUUGCGUUGGUAGAGGAAGACAUGGCCAUACUAGAGAAAAAUCAAGAAUUCUUCAAAUUUGUUUCUCUAAGUCGAUCUAUUUUCUGA